AUGCCAGGACCUAAGAGGCUUAGAGAAGAACUCAAUCCGAUUCAAAUUUGGCAUUUAAAGUUAGGAAACAUUGGCCAAGAUAUGAUCCAAAGGAUGGCUAUACACCUAAUAAAGUACAAGUCUGAGGCCUUUGAAAAGUUCAAAGAAUUCAAGAACGAAGUUGAAAAGCAAACAGGAAAGAGUAUCAAGAUUCUAAGAUUAGAUCGAGGUGGAGAAUACUUAAGUACUGAGUUUCUUGAAUAUCUCAAGAAACAUUUCAUCAUAUCUCAGUGGACUCCACCUGAAACUCCACAACUUAAUGGUGUCUUCGAAACGAGAAACUGA